AUGUCUCUCCGCAUCGCUCCCCCCAGCGGAAACCCAUCCCAAACCAGCAACCUCACAACCCGUCAAGCAGGCUCCAUCACCGCCGCAAGACCUUCCAAGGGCGCCCCCUCAGCCCCAGGUCUCCCAGACACACUCCGCAACAAGCUCACGCUCCCAGCCACAGCACACGCCUCCUCGACAAAUGCCAGCGGCGACAUUCCCUCAUCGACACACCCGCUCGAAGCCCGCCUUUUGGCGUGGCGCGCCACCCAGGACGCAAUGAAGAUGGAAGGUCUGCGUCGGGCGUAUGGAAUUGCCGAGCCCGUUCGCCGCGGUAUGGAGCUGAAGAUCGUACGUGAUGGUACUUUCCGGCCUGCUGUGCUUGGUGGUGUUCGUGGGGGCAAUGUGCAUGAGGAUAUUCUUAUGCUUGGAGGUCGGGAUACGGAGGUUCAGUGGGAGGAUAUUUACCAGGGUGAUGACCUCCGUGAGCCGCCUACCUUCCAUGAUGAGAUGGAGAAGAGGCUGAAGAUGGAUUUCUAA